ACUCUUGCUAGUGUCAUGGACCCUACCAUCAAGAAAAUUAUUGAGAGCAAGACAUUUUGUGCACCCCUCCUAAUUUUCAAGCUUCUAUAUAUUAGUAUCUCCAACACGGAACUUCUAACAAGAGUCAUGGGCAAAAAACUUUCUUACACUUUUCUUCUCUUCCUUUCAAUUUCACUUGCCUUGUUUUUUCAACCAACAAAUGCAGGUAGUCUAGUGGUUUAUUGGGGCCAAAACAAUGGUGAUGGACAUUUGAUAGACACAUGUGACUCUGGUCUCUUCCAAAUAGUAAACAUAGCAUUCCUUUCAACUUUUGGAAGGGAUCGUUCACCACAGUUAAAUCUAGCUGGCCACUGUGUCCCAAACAAAUGCCAAAAUUUGAGAAACAGCAUAAAGAAUUGUCAAAAUAAAGGCAUUAAGAUUAUGCUUUCCAUUGGUGGUGAAUAUAAAAACACAUACUCUCUCUCAUCACGAGAAGAUGCUAUGCAACUGGCAGACUACAUUUGGAACAACUUUUUGGGAGGUAAUUCAGAUUCUAGACCUUUUGGUGAUGCUAUAUUAGAUGGAGUGGAUUUUGAUAUUGAAGGAGGUAGUAACCUCCACUAUGCAACACUUGCUAUAAAGCUACAUGAUCAUUAUAAUUCAGAUUCUAGAAAAAAGUAUUACUUAACUGCUGCACCAAUGUGUCCCUUUCAAGAUAAUAUACUUCAGAGGGCACUUUCUACUAGGCUUUUUGACUAUGUUUGGGUUCAAUUUUACAACAAUCCUAUUUGUAACUUUGAUGCAAACAAUCCAACUAACUUUAAGAAUUCAUGGAACCAGUGGAUCAAUACUAUCACUGCUAAAAACUUUUUUGUUGGACUUCCUGCCUCAACAAAUGCUGCUCAGAAUGGUUUUGUGCCAUCACCAAAUCUCAUAAAUCAAUUGCUGCCUAUUGUUAGGUCACCUAAGUAUGGAGGUGUGAUGAUAUGGGAUAGGUUUCAUGAUAUGACAUCUAAAUAUAGUUCUCAGAUCAAAGGAAGUGUUUGAACAAGGGACAAACUUCUAAUUUGUCUCAAUUAUGUUUUAAAUAAAGUUCAAACUAAGAACCAAUGUGUUUCAAAUUGUCUUCAACUAUAUGAUGAUAUAUUAUUCAAUGUAUCACUUGUUCUCUUUA